UGAGUGUUGGGUUAAGACGCUGUGGGUCGCCAGUGUGUGAACGAGCGCCUCCAUCACCAACACUCCUUCACAUCGAUAUCGCAUUUUUUUCGUCUUUCUAGCAUUCCAUACCUAUCCCACAACAAAAUGGCCAGCCAAGUCCGUCAGAACUACCAUGAGGACUGUGAAGCAGCGAUCAACAAGCAGAUCAACCUGGAGCUGUACGCCAGUUAUGUCUACUUGUCCAUGGGUUACUACUUCGAGAGGGAUGAUGUAGCCCUCCCAGGCCUGGCAAAAUUCUUCAAAGAAUCCAGUGAUGAAGAGCGGGAACAUGGGCAGAAACUGAUGAAGUAUCAAAACAGACGUGGUGGUCGCAUUGUACUUCAAGCCAUCUCUGCACCAUCACUCCAAGAAUGGGGUAGUGGUCAUGAUGCUUUACAGGCAGCUUUAGAUCUAGAGAAGCAAGUCAACCAGUGCUUGCUGGACCUUCAUGGCAUUGCAAGCAAGUUCAGUGACCCUCAUCUGACAAACAUGCUGGAAGAUGAAUUCUUGGAAGAACAGGUAGAGUCCAUCAAGAAACUUGGAGACAUGAUUACAAAGCUGAAGCGUGCUGGUACAUCUGGUUUGGGAGAAUACCUCUUUGACAGAGAACUCCAGUCAUAAAUUCUUUCUUUAGUGAUGGUCACUUUUUUUUUAAUGAUUGGAAUGUCUUUUACAUUACCAUUUUAAAAUGUCUACCUUUUGAAUUACUGGUGCUUAAGUUUUAGAUUGGAAGGAAAAAAAAAUGUACAGCUUAACACCAUUGUAGUACCUUUUUGUCUUUGAGUCUCUUAGGUACAUUUUGGUUGCUUCUUGGCUGGUAUAGACCAUCACUUCAUGUCGUUAAAAAGUUUAAGAAAUAA